AUGGGAGCUCUAAACCAAACGAGAGUGACUGAGUUUGUCUUCCUGGGCCUCACUGACAACUGGGUGUUGGAGAUUCUGUUUUUCAUACCAUUUACAGUCACCUAUGUGCUAACUCUUUUGGGGAACAUACUCAUUGUUGUUACCAUAGUCUUUAGUCCACGUCUCCACACUCCCAUGUACUUCUUUCUGAGCAAUCUGUCCUUCAUUGAUAUAUGCCACUCAUCUGUCACGGUGCCCAAGAUGCUGGAGGGUUUGCUUUUGGAGAGGAAGACCAUCUCCUUUGACAACUGCAUUGCACAGCUCUUCUUCCUUCAUCUUUUUGCUUGUGCUGAGAUCUUUCUGCUGACAAUUAUGGCUUAUGACCGUUACGUAGCUAUCUGCAUUCCUUUGCACUACCCCAGUGUGAUGAACAUGAGGGUCUGUGUGCAGCUCGUCUUUGCACUAUGGGUGGGGGGCACUGUUCAUUCACUUGUGCAGACCUUCUUGACUAUUCGUCUACCCUACUGUGGCCCAAACAUUAUUGACAGCUACUUCUGUGAUGUACCUCCUGUCAUCAAGCUGGCCUGCACAGAUACUUACCUUACAGGGAUUCUGAUCGUGUCCAAUAGUGGAACCAUCUCCCUCACCUGUUUUCUAGCCUUGGUCACUUCCUACACAGUGAUCCUGUUUUCUCUUCGAAAACAGUCAGCAGAAGGUCGUCGGAAAGCCCUGUCCACCUGCUCCUCCCACUUCAUGGUGGUUGCCCUGUUCUUUGGGCCAUGUAUCUUCAUCUACACUCGGCCAGACACCAGCUUCUCCAUUGAUAAGGUGGUCUCUGUCUUCUACACAGUGGUCACCCCUUUGUUAAAUCCUCUCAUUUACACCUUGAGGAAUGAGGAGGUGAAAAAUGCCAUGAAGCAACUCAGGCAGAGACAAAUUUGCUCAUGA